AUGAAGCCGUCGCCGACUCAGGCGAGGGUGGCGGAGUCGAAUGCGGCGCAUGCAAGGGCGAUGAAGACGAUGACUCAGGUGAGGGAGGCGGAGUCGAAGGUUGCGAAAGAGAGGCUGAUACAGACAACUAAGAGGGAUGAGAAAGCGAGGGUGGAGAUGGCGGCAACGACAAGCCAUCGAUUGUUUAUGGAACUCUGGGCCGGUGAAAGAUAG